GUCCAAGACAGCCAAAGUCGAAGUCGUGGGUGCCCUUGGUGUGAUGACGACCCUUGGUCUUGGCUUUGUGGCUCCACACAACGCGGUACAGAAACCGUCGACCUUGUCCCAUGCCGCAGUGGCGGCACAAGUGCAGAGCCCAACAUUCACAACAGGCACUCGAGGCAGCUCUGUUGGCUCAGCUGCCAUGUAUGCUUCGGCCGUGGCCACCGCAACUGGACUCUUGGCCCGCGCUAAGCGCUCCAAAAUUGCCACCCGAGCUGGCCCUGCUUCGGGUAUGUCAGUGACACUGGAAGAAGUGAAAGCCGCGCAAGCAGCGUGGGCACAGGCCAUCAAGACGAUCUCGAAGAUUUAUUUGAGUGGCGGAGACUAUGUGGCGGCAGCUGCUAAGGCAGCCGGUGAACUCUACGGCUAUGGCCACGGCAAAGUGCUUUUCAAGCCAACCAAGGCUGCGGAAGUACAGUUCCGCCCUGAAGCCAGCCAGGCCAUGUCCUACUUUGUCGGGGCCGAAGCUGUUCCCGAUGGGAUCUCGGAGGACCAUGGCUUUGCCAUCAAUGGCGGCAAGGGUUGGUCGGAUGUGCUCUUUGACAACCACCAGGUCGACUUGAACGGGAAUGUGGCCAUUGCCAUGGGAAACUACUUCUUUGCCAGCGCAGCUGAUGGAAGCAUCAGCAAGGUGGAGUACACAUUCGGCUACAAGAAGUGCGAGGAUGGAAAGGUUCGCAUCUGCCUCCACCACUCAUCGUUGCCGUACGGGGGCUCUGCGGCGGCUGCACCACCAGCGGCAUCCCAGGUUGCAGCAUCCGCGGCACCCGCAGAAAUGAACGUCGCUGCUGCUACGCCGGUGGCGGCCGCCUUUGUGGGAUCCUCUGUUCCUGAGGUUCAGGGUGGUGGUGGUCAGCUGCGCCAUUCCGUUGGCUUCGCGUACUCCGUGCAGAGGGAUGCGUAUGUGGAUCUGGAAUUCGGCAAUGAUGUUGGCUACUUGCCGGAUGGCACGCCAAUGAACCUGGCGGGCAACAACAUCAACCAUCCCGAGAACAUUGGACCAGACCCACAUGCUCCAGGCUCGCCGCUGCCACGUGCGGUGUUUGCGAACGACGUGGGAUACUUGCCCGAUGGCACGCCCAUGAACCAGGCCGGAAACGCCAUCAACCACCCCGAAACCAUUGGCCCAGAUCCUCAUUCUCCGGGCUCAGCUUUGCCACCAUCAUCCUACGCCGCGGAUGUGGGCUAUCUUGUGGAUGGCACACCCAUUGAGGCCGCCGGCAACAAUGCAGUCCACUAG